ACUGUCAAACAGUCAACCAAUUUGUUUACGUGUAGUUAAAUAUCAAUAUUUUGCUGCCGGGUUGAUUUUUUUACGCAUUUUCCUACUAGUAUUAUUAUAAAAUUACUAUUUAGAAUAUAAAAAGUAUUUAACUCCGACGAGUUGCACAGUGCACACUCUUUAGCACAAAGAUAUAGAAAAAUACUACAAAAAUGGCUGUAUCAACCGCGGUCUCGUUGGUUUUGUCCUCCGUUUUUGCUGUGAUGCUGUUUUCAACUAUGCAAUUGUAUCGUCCGUGGUUUGUUUCAUCGCAGUGGAACACAAUUCUCUGUGGUUACAUUGGUUCCUGGUUGUUUGUGCUUGCAUUGACGGCCAUUUCGAAUCUGGAGACAAUUGUAUUGGGUCAUGGUUUUCAAGCGAAAUUAUUCCCGGAAAUUUGCUUUUGCUUGGUUGGCACUAUGUUUGCCUGUGGAACGAUUCAUCGUGUUUCAGCCACCACUUGUUUGCUAUUCUCAAUCUUUGCCUUGUAUUUCAUCAAUAAAAUCUCGCAGAAAGCGCAAAAUGUAGCCGUGCCGGCAGUGGAUGCUCACGCAAGCUCAAAGAAGAAGCGAAAAUAAACACCAAAAAUCACUCACCAUAAUAAGGAUUUCAGAAAUCUACUCAAAGUUGCAAUGUAAAUUUAAAUAAGAGCACACGCUAGCAAGCAUUUUAUCGCAUUUUCCACACAUAAAAGUCGAACAAAUGCAAUUAAUGAAAUUGAUCAAAACUGAAUAAACGAACAACUUUAGAAUUCGAUGAA